AUGAAAAUCACCAGCAAGACCGGCAGUAAUACCAUCAGCACGAUUUCCACCAAGAUGAACAGCAAGAUCUGCAGCGAAACCGUCAGCAAAGGUUUCAGCAAGACCGUCAGCAUGAUCUCCAACGAGACCAGCAACAAUAUCAUCAGCCUGAUCUCCAGCAAGACGAUCAGCGAGAUCUCCAGCGAGACCGUCAGCACGAUCGCCAGAAAAACCGUCAGCAUAAUCUCUAGUGAGACUUCCAGCAAGACCAGCCAAAGCAUCGUCAAGACCAUCAGCACGAUCUCCAGCAAGACGACCAGCGAGAUCUCCAGCAAGACCGUCAGUGCAAUAGCCAGCAAAACAUCAGCGAGACCAGUAGCAAUACCAUCAGCACGAUUUCCAGCAAGAAGACCAGCGAGACCGUCAGCAAGACUUCUAGCAAGAUCGUCACGAAAACUUCCAGUAAGACCUCCUGCAAACUAUCAUCAAAACCAUCAGUGGUAUCUCCAGAAAGACGACCAGCGAGAUCUCCAGCAAGACCAUGAGCAAGAUGGUCAGCAAGACCAUGAGCAAGAUAGACAGCAAGAUCACCAGCAAGAACGUCAGCAAGAUGUCGAGCAAGAUCGUCAGCACGAUGACGAGCAAGAUCGUCAGCACGAUGACGAGCAAGAUCGCCAUCAAGAUGACGAGUAA